AAAUACGUUAACAACCCACAUACCCACACCAAUAAGAAAACUACCAUUUUCAGCCGUAAAGAGGGGCAAGAAUGAGUAAACCACUGCAGUUGCGAAAAAAAAGAAAAAAAAAAAGAAAAACAAAACAAGUAAUGUAAGACUCGUAACGGAAGAAGCUUAUCCGGAAAAAAGUCAACAUUUACAAAACAGUUGUUGCUUUGUGUCGCCACACGCUUAACUCUACCUACGUAAUUCUCUUUUACUCUCAUUGCGGUAAAUAACGAAGAAUUAAAUAAUCUAAUGAGUGGUGGCUGAGCGAGGGCUCAGUUAGUUUCUGGUUUGUUGUUGAGUUGAUCUUGGUUUCAGUAUUGUACUGGAAUACGUCAAAUGCAUUGUGAGUUCACGCAAGGCGUCUUAAUAUUACGGUCAGUCAGUCAGUCAGUGAAAUGCAACAAAACAAUCAUAUCAGUAAUAACAGUAAUAGAACUGCGUUGCUUACAUCGCUGCCUAAUACAAUACAUGCAACAACAACAACAACUACAUCAUUUACGAACACUGCCAAGUUACCUAUAGAAACGGUUAAAUUAUUGAUAGCUUCAGUAUCGAGGCGUCCAAAUUUAUGGAUCCGGAAUAGUAAUGGGCAAAAACGCUGCGAUAUAAACGCUUUAUGGAAACAAGUUAGCCAAGAAAUUCACUUACCAGCCGAUAUCUGCCGUAUUAAAUGGGGUCACCUACGUGAUAACUUUCGUAAAGUUUUCAUACGUAACACAUUGUCCGGUGAACCGCCGACCACGUGGCGUUUUUAUAAUGAUAUGCGUUUCAUGGAAGCUGCUGUGGCUGAAAAUGUUAUGCGUCAGCAUAGGCUGAGAGAGCAAUCGUUGUACUGGCAAGAAUUGCAUCAUGCUGAACAAAAACAAAAAUCGACGGCCAAUAAUUUUUUCGAAUUACAUGACAACUACGAACGCAAUAUUCAAAAUCAAUUUGGUUUCCCCGAUUUAGCCGCCUACUAUGAAUCUUCUCGUGAACCUAUUAACAAACGCAUUAAAAUGGAACCGAAUGAAGCGAACAGUUCGCUAAUGGUUACAAAUGGCUUUACAAAAAGCAGUGUUUACAACGUCCCCGAUCGCAAUGAUCAGGACGACGAUGAAGAUGACGACGAUUACGAUGAAGAUGCAGCCUCUACCGAAGAUAAUUAUCAGCUAAUGGAAAAGCAACAUGAUCUGGAGAAGAUAAAAGUUGAAAACUCAAAAGAUGAAAAGAUUCCAACUGCAAUCAACGCCACAAAACGUGAUAUAAGUUCAAAUGCGGAGAGCGGUACGCAGGGUGACAUUCUAGAACACGACUCGGAUCGUAUGUUUCUGUUAAGUUUGCUACCGUAUUUGCGUAAAGUUGGCGAUCAGAGAAAGCUGAAAGUAAGACAAAAAUUGCAAAAUGUUUUAAUUGAAGAGUUCGGUUAGCAGUCGAAUUGGAAGAUUGCAAGUCGACGCGCUUAGAGUAUCUAUGGAAAAACAUUUAAACGAGAAUUGCUUUUCUAGUAUUUUUCCAAUUAUUUUCAUUGUU